CGUUUUGUUUAUUUGUAUUUGCGUUUUUUUCGUCAUUCGUCCUGAAUGUGUGCGGUCUGAAAGUUAGAAAAUAAAAACAAUGACCGUCUUAAGUACUUUGUGCAAUUUUAGUAGAAUAUCGAGUAUUGCUGUUAGAAAAGCUUUCCUCAACAAUAAGCGCAAUGAAAUUAUUCAAGCUAUUCGUAAAAUGUCCGGUGGGCAUGGUGACCGCACAAUGCAUAUAACUACAAGUAGAUUUCAAUAUACCAAGUUUAAAGACGACUUGCAUUUUUAUAUAACUUUGGGAGCUGUACCACUAAUUCUUCUUAUUCUUUAUGUCAAUAUUUUCAUUGGCCCAGCAACUCUGUCAGAAAUCCCAGAGGGUUAUGAACCCAAACAUUGGGAAUACUAUAAGCAUCCAAUUUCAAGAUUUAUAGCAAGAUACUUUAAUGAAGAUCCACAGAUUGAGCAUGAAAAAGUCCUUCAUAUGUUGUGGGAAGAGCAAGAAACUGGCAAAUGGAGUGAAACCAUUAGGAAAGUUAAUACACUUAUGGCUGAAAGAGAUGAUUAUAAAGCUUGGUAUUAUGUACCAUCUCAACAAGGAAGACAUAUCCGUAAGGCUAGAGAAGAAACCGAUAAAUUAUAUGAGAUUAAAGGUUAUCGAUAAAUUUCAUAUAAAAAUAAAUUUGUUUAGUAUGUUUAUCCUUAAUGUUGACUGCAAGGUGAUGUGCAGUAAAUGACAAUUUGUAGAUUAUCUUGAAUAAACUUAGUUUGUUAAAAACAGA